CAAAAGCCUUAUUUCUUCUCUGUACCCAAAAAAAAUAAAAAAAGAUCAUUUCUUUUUCUCUCUCAAAAAUGGCUGAAUUCAAGACAAAAAUGGAAUCAGUGAGGGAAUGGGUGGUUGAGCACAAGCUUAAAACUGUUGGAUGUUUAUGGCUUAGCAGUGUCACGGGUUUGAUCGCCUACAACUGGUCUAAACCCAUGAAAACCAGCGUCAAGAUCAUUCAUGCUAGGUAAAAUUUUUGCUCCUCUUUUUUUUCUUUUUGUUUAUCCAUUAUUGUUUAUGGGUUCAUAUGAAUUCUGCAUUAUGAUUUGUUUGGAGUUAUAUAAAAUCUUUAAAUUUUUGGUUCUUUUUUAGCUGUUGGGUCUAAUUUGUGAUUUGUUGUGUUGUAGCAAAUGUUAACCCUAUGUUCUUGGUGAUUUUGGGAAAUUUUUCCUGCAUUUGAUUUUGGCUGAACAGAUCUUUUGUUUUGCUUUGUUAUUCUUGGUCAUUUUGCAUGAAAAUCUCUAGAUGCUACAUUUAGGGACAUAGGAGAGGCUUUCUGCCUUGCAAAUCUGAGUACUCUGUCUGAGACAUCUAUUUUUGAACGUCUGAAAUGAUGACAUCUUCCGGUCCUGAAUACGUUGGUGGGAGCUCUCCAUCCAGAAAUAGGUAAAGAGUGGCAGUCCAGGCUAAUUUAAUGAGAAUACUAAGAAGUGCCUUGCGCUUCAAAUGAGGACAAAGCCAAGAUGGUACUAAUGUUGACCUAGGGAUACCUGCAUUUAGUGAAACAUCCCUACAUUAUUUGAGAUGAGUAUGUACUGGAGAAAAGAGGUGAUGCCUUGUCUCAGGAACUCUGUGCCAGAAUACACACUUGUAAUCAACAGUUGGAGUCCAUUUCUUUUGUCUAGACCUUGUAGAAAGACUGUUAAUAAUGACUAACCAAGCUACAAAACUGUGCUUGGGUAUGGAGUUUCAGAACCAAAUUAGUUCACCCCAUGGAACUUUUGGCAAUUUGUCUCUGAGGAAAUCCCAAGUAUGUCCAGAUGGGUAUCUGUAGAGGCCUGUGAUUUUGGAGACUUUGUUUUCAAUGUAAAGCUUAGUUGCAUAUUGUUAUAAGCCUAUAAAUAUGGAACUUUGGA